CAGUGACAAAGACAGUCCUGUAGUUAAUAAGAAGAAGAAAUCUCCCAACAAAAAGAAGAAGUCCCAGAAAGGUAAACAUAAGAAUGGAAGAGUUGAGACUAAAAAGAUAAAAGAAGAACAGCUGGAUUGUGUGGAAUGUGUAAGACAAGUUAAUCAGCCUGAAGAAGCUGAAGCUCCUGAAGUAGAUGAACUAGAGAUGUUCCUACACUCAGAACCUGAGUCUGUACCAGCAUUACAAGAUCUACUUGUCAACAAGAAUCUAGCUUCUCACCUCGGAGAAGGUCCUGUAGAUGUGUGUAAACUGAUUGCAGAAAACCCUGAGUUUACACAUGAAAUAUGUGAGGCUAACAUAGAUUCUCUUAUGUCUGAUGAGGAGUUCUAUAAAAUUACUUGUGAGACUUAUCCUGGUGGCUGGGAGAAAUUCCUGGAGGACAUGGAGAAUGAAGAGUCCUCAGAUGAGGAUACAGAUAGAAUUGAGCUGCCUCCUGACCUCUAUAAUGAACUUAUGUCAGACAAGAGUAAUGAUGUACCUGACGAUGAUGAGGAACAGUAUAAGUUUGGUAGAAUAAACAAGGACCAGGCAGAUACUUGUCUUGAUCGAGCACUUGAGUUGUAUGAUAACCAUCACAACAUGACGCAGGACGAGUAUAACAAAAAAGUGAAGGAGGUGCUCAAAGAUAUGGAUAGAAUUACUGUUCUAGAUAAUGAUGGCGACCAUACCAAAACGAGUACUAACAAAAGUAUCAUACCACAAAGAAAAGAAUAUAUUAUAACAACACCUGAACCGAAUGACAACUUACCCUCUUGUAGCGGUACACACAACAAUACUGAACUAAGUGACAUGGUAACUCCAGAUAAAAGUAGCAGUAGUUAUCAUAAGAGUAUAACAGAUAAUGUUAGAAUUGAUAACAUAUCUGGUGUAACAACCACAACAGAGUCUGAUAUCAGAUCCAGCUCUGUAACACAAACAAAGAAACUCCCCACCAUACUCAGUAACAGAGAAGUGUACGAGAAUAUUGACAAUAUUCCCCGUCCUUCUUAUUGGUUACCUGAGUCAGAACCUGACUCUGAGAAGAAAGAAGAAGAAAUAGAUGAUUUUGAAUAUCUAGGAAUGUUGGAUGAUGGUUAUCUACUGAGCUUGUUUGACGAAGAUAAAGAAUCAGAAGAGAUGCAAAACAUUACACAGACACAUAUUAGUGUUCCUACAGAUACCACUGCUGAGAGAGAUAACAUUCAGGAAGACUUCUCCAAGACAGAACUUCAAGCAGCUGCAGGAAAAGGUUCUAAAAAUAGACGUAGUAACCCUCCUAGGGUUGCUAAAGAGGGGGUUAUAUACCGUGAUGAUAACGAUGAUCUGGAGGAGGUCUUACAGUCUGAAUAUUUUUGCUGGCAAUGUAAAGAUUAUGUGAGGGGAGAAUGUGAACUACAUGGUCCUUUACUCUCUUGUUCAGAAGAUAUCAGCCAACCAGGAACUAAGAAGACUGCAAACUUCCCAGUACCUAGUUGUAUUGAAAUCAAGGAAUCCACAAUUCCCAGGGCUGGAGAUGGAGCUUUUGCGUAUCAGUUUAUUGAACCAGGAAGUAUAUUGGGUAAGUCACAUGAUGACUGA